ACGAAGCAGGGGUUCUCUAGAAGCCCCCACCUCCCGAACCCCUGAGGAUCGUGUGGAGUCACUCACCAGAGACAUCCAGCGCCCGUCGCCCUGCACGUCCUGCACUGGCGUGGGCUUGCUGGCCGGAUUCUUGUCCCCGCUCAUUCUCAAAACCUCAGCCCCUGCGGAGGAGAGUGGAGACGGCUCGGGAAAGCUCCGGGAGGACGUUGAUCCGCCACGCCCACCCCCACCUCCCGGGCCAACACAAUAGACCAUCCCGCUGCUCUCACUCGCGAGCAAGGCGAAGGCCAAGCCCGGGCGCGCCUCUUCUUGCAGAAUAGGGAAGCCGUCACGUAAGAAGGACUUCUCGCUCGCCUCCCCCGACAGAGGCCGCGCAAUGGGCUCGUCUGUCGCUUCCCGCCGGGACCCCUCGUGGCCACAGCGGCCCAGUGUAGGGGGGAGGGGCAGGCGAGACCACGCACCCUGCGUGGCAGGGAGGGGGGGAGAUGAGGGAGAGACAACCCCAGAAUUGACUGGAAGGGACAGCGUACCUGCAAAGGCGACAAGGAGCAGGGACAAUCUAGCGCACUUCCUCGGGGGAGGAGAUCAUUUGCUGCAGGGCCAGGAAACUCCGGAAGAGACCACCUACAGGGGGCAUCAUGGACUCUCGGGGACCAGUCCCUCAGCCUUUCCAGCAGCUUGAGAAACCUGGUCGUAUCCGCCGUCGCAAAACUAGGAGGGAACGAAACAAGGCCCUCGUGAGCAGCCAUCGGCCACUGGCCCGUCAGGAUCCUCAGAUGUCUAGUCGGGAGCCAUCUGCAAUCCUCCAGGAUCCUGUGGCGUCUGGAGCCCCCAAGCUUGUUGUCAUAACUCAAGGCAGGUUGAGCCGGGAGCACCGGGGUCUCUUCAAUCAUGAAGUGAAAUCCCUGGAUGUGGCCCGGUUGCUUAACAGUGGCUCCUUGGAACCAUGUACCCCCCCGCCAUCCACCAAGUCUUCCUGUAGCCCUGUCAGAGUCCAAGAACCAGCCUUACAGUCAAGAGGCAAGGAGAACCAGGUACCCGGAGGCUCAGGCUCAGGCCCACCAAGUUCCCCAGAACUCCCUGUGUUGGGAAAACUGCUGGAGGAACUUCAGUGCCAGCUGAUUCUGCCCCAAGCCUUUCCCAGGAGGAACCUAGUGCAGGAGUCCAGAGAUGCCAUAAUAAGAACCUUGCAAGGCUGCCAUGGCUGUGUGCCUGAUUUUGCCCUGGUGCUCCGAGGUUGCCAGUCACCCUUGCCUGAGAUGAAGCCCAGGGCACCUGAGAGACAAAGGACAACAUCUUCUGGUGUCCACGUUCCUGAGCAUGCUCCAAGGGAGGGGAGGCAAAGGACUCAACAGGGGGCAAAGAGGCUUAACUUCGCCGUGCCUCAUCUGUGCGGCAGCUCUGCUUCACACAGGGCCAGCCUAGUGCCCCCUACAGAUCACCAACUGCCAUUCUUGCCCUCCGUGUCUUCACCAUCUGGGGCAGCUUGGGGUCCCCCAACAGCUUUUGAUAUGCUGAAAAGCAUCUGGCUCAUAGCCACACCACCCCAUCCUCAGUCCUGGGAUGCCUGCCCACCUCAGCCCCUGCCUCAGCCACCAUCACCCUUGUUGCCCCGAACAUCUGCCUUGGACUGGAGCCCUGACCCUCCUGCCCCACUACUCAGCCUUUCCUGGGUGGUGACUCAGAGAAGUCCAGAGGCUUGGUCCUUCCCCCCAAUGAAACUCUACUGAGGGAGUCUCUGGGUUAGGCUGGGAAGGCAGGGAUUCCAUUCUCCCAUUCACCUCAA